UACUAGUUUUGUAAAAAAUUGUUUUUAACCACUGUAGCUGUCCUUUUUCAAAACCCUAUUUCACGUCAGCCACGUCCUACCCACCAGCAACUGCACUCCGCCCGGACCCCCGCCACCACCGACUCAGCGGUGUCGCCGCACGCUGCACUAUCAGCUGCUCAAUUGCCGUCGCCUCCUCCCUCUCACACUCUCUCGCCUCUCCGAGCAACCAGAGUUACAUAUCUCUGUUUUGUUUCUCAGAAACACAGUAAUUCAGCCCCUAACCGGCGCCGUUGGUGAAAUGGUGCCACUGCCCCUCAUUUCUCAGAUCCCCAAGUUCAAUCAAGUUUCUAGAUUUUGUGUGGCCAUGAAGAAGCAUGAAGAAACCGUUGUAGCUUCAAGUGAUCGCUAUGAGAUGAGGAUUCCACAUGUGUUGAGUGUUGCUGGUUCUGAUUCAGGAGCAGGGGCUGGAAUCCAGGCGGAUCUUAAAACUUGUGCUGCUCGUGGAGUGUACUGCUCCACUGUGAUAACUGCUAUUACUGCACAGAACACUGUGGGAGUUCAGGAUGUAAACAUUGUGCCGGAGGGAUUUGUUUCAGAGCAGCUGAAAUCUGUUCUCUCUGAUAUGCAAGUGGAUGUGGUGAAAACAGGAAUGCUACCUUCUACUGGCAUUGUUCGGGUUCUACAUCAAUGCUUGAAGGAGUUUCCUGUUCAAGCUUUGGUGGUUGAUCCUGUCAUGGUGUCUACCAGUGGAGAUGUUCUGGCUGGUCCUACCAUUAUUUCAGUGUUACAGAAAGAGCUUCUACCAAUGGCUGACUUGGUAACUCCAAAUUUGAAGGAAGCAUCUGCCUUACUUGGUGGUAUGCCACUUAAAACAAUUUCUGACAUGCGUCAUGCUGCAACAUUAAUCCAUCAGAUGGGAUCAAAAAAUGUACUUGUCAAAGGUGGGGACCUUCCUGAUUCAUUGGAUGCCGUUGAUAUAUUCUUUGAUGGCAAGGAUUUGCAUGAGCUACGAUCUUCGCGAAUAAAGACUCGCAACACUCAUGGUACUGGAUGCAGCUUAGCAUCAUGCAUUGCAGCUGAACUUGCUAAAGGGUCUUCAAUGUUCUCAGCUGUCAAGACAAGCAAACAGUUUAUUGAAAGAGCAUUGAAGUACAGCAAGGACAUCGGCAUUGGAAAUGGACCUCAAGGGCCAUUCGAUCAUCUAUGCCGUCUCAAGAGUCGAGAACAAAGUUCCUAUAGACAAGGCUGUUUCAAUCCAGCUGACUUAUUCUUGUAUGCCGUUACGGACUCAGGUAUGAAUAAGCGUUGGGACCGUUCUAUCAGUGAUGCUGUUAAAGCUGCAGUGGAAGGAGGUGCUACUAUUAUUCAAAUAAGGGAAAAAGAGGCUAAAACUCGCGAUUUCUUGGAAGCAGCAAAGUCAUGUAUAAAAAUUUGUCACGCACAUGGAGUUCCAUUGUUGAUCAAUGAUCGUAUUGACAUUGCACUAGCGUGUGAUGCUGAUGGUGUACAUGUUGGACAGUCCGAUAUUCCUGCUCAUGAGGUUCGCAGACUUCUUGGCCCCAAUAAGAUCAUCGGUGUGUCGUGCAAGACACCGGAGCAAGCGGAACAGGCAUGGCUUGAUGGGGCAGAUUACAUUGGGUGUGGUGGAGUUUAUCCCACAAACACAAAAGCAAACAAUCUGACUGUUGGGAUUGAAGGAUUGAAAAGAGUUUGCUUAGCUUCGAAAUUGCCUGUGGUUGCAAUUGGUGGUAUUAAUCAUAGUAAUGCUGCUGCUGUGAUGGAAAUUGGUGUCCCAAAUCUUAAAGGUGUUGCUGUUGUGUCAGCUCUUUUUGAUAGGCAAUGUGUUUUAGAGGAAGCCUUAAAGUUACAUGCAACUUUAGUGGAGGCUACAACAUCAAAUGUUUGAAUAAUUUAUAAUGCUUUGAUUUUUGUAGAAACUUUGAAAUAAAAAUAAUUGUCACAAUGUGACUAUACAAUAACAAUAUAUUAUAUAUAUCAUAUGAGAUUCUAUUCAUACAAA